AUGCGUUUCGAAAAUUGCGUCCUAUGCUCUCUGACAUUUGCAAUCUUCGUCGCGGCCGGUCCCGUUCCUCAGCGUUCGCAAUACCCCAACCUAUCUCCAUUGAGAAGUGCGACGAAUGAAGUGAGCCCUCUCUCGCCUGGGGAAGUUUCUUCUGUUGCUGCAGCGCGUCAAGGACGUGCUCUAUUUUUCAACAUCAAUGAUGUCGUCGAGCAAAAACUAGCCGGAAACAAUGAGGCCUGCGUGGUAAUAAAUCGCCCGCAUCUGUCUACAACGAUAUGUUCGACUUUUGGAGCUCCACGAUCUACGAGUCCUACCUUCCGCAGUACAGACAUCCCGGUCGCUACAGCAGAUGUACUGGUAGAUGGGACUACCAGCAUUACCAGCACACAAACUGUGACGGUUACUCGACAACCUCCACAUACUAAACCUCCCUCGCCUCCUCCUGCUUCUUCACCUCCACCGCCACCACCACCACCACCUCCUCCUCCGCCUCCGCCUCCUUCUUCUUCACUUCCGCCUCCUCCGCCUCCUCCACCACCCCCUUCGAGUCCUAGUCCACGUGAUGGAGGUGAUGCUUCUAGGCGUCCCGCCAUAAUUUCUAUCCCAGCUGUGUCCACGGAAAUUGGCCCCGAUCAUCCUGGUACACAAGCUCUAGCUACGCGAGUGGACAUGGCAUCUACUCUAGCUAUACCAACCGAGCCCAUCAGGCCCACCAAAGCACCACACCCCCCGGCCGAAACAGGCCGACUAUCUCCAUUCCCAUUCUCAUUUCCCUGGUCCCUUCCGCUGCCCUGGUUUCUAUUUCCGGGUACAAACCUAGAUACAAACUCAAUUGUGAACCCAGGUGGGAGCACUAUCAUACCGCAAGGCACAGAAGAGCCGCCUCAGGCGACGGGUACAACAACUACCAUCCGCGUUACCAAGACCUUUGUGUCGACAGUAAUCAUGCCGGCGAUCGACACUGCGCGUGCACCUGCUCCUGCACCUGCUCCCAAGCCCGCACCCGCACCUGCACCCGCACCUGCACCCGCGCCUUCACCCGAGCCUGCACCCGAGCCUGCACCCGAACCUGCACCCGCGCCCCCGGGAACCAACCAAAAAACUCCGCAACAGCCACCCCAGGAGCAACCACCUCGGCAAAACGUGAAAGGAGGCCAGAUGAUGACAACCACAGUAUAUAUAACGGCAUGCGGCCCCGCAUACUCUCCAGAACCUGUCCAAGGAGAAAACCCUCCAUCAGCUCAACCAGCACAACCCCCGCCAGUACAAGUAGCACCAACUCCAACUGAAGCACCGCCCCGAAAACAUGCACCCCCAGCUCCACCUGCACAGGUGGCACCAACCCAGGCGCCUUCAAGGGAAGAACCACCGCCAUCACCACCGCCGCCGCCGCCACCUCCCCCGGCUAACCAAGCGCCACCCAACAACCCUCCCCCAGCUAAUGGUCCGGGUGGAGACGGCGAGCGAGGCGGCGGCGGACGCGGCGGCGGACGCGGCGGAGGUAACGGCGGUGGCCACCAUGGCGAACCCGGUGGCGGACGCGGAGGGGGUGGACGAGGUCACGGCAAAGGCCGUCACGACGAUGAUGAUAAUGGCCGUCGCAAGGAAAAGACCUACGAGGAUGUUCACCCUGUCACAGUAGGAGAGGAUGGGGUGCUAAGGGACGGUGGCCGUGACCGUGACCGUGAGGGUGGAGGAGGGCUGGUCGGCGUCCUCACGCGGGCAGCGGAUGAGUUAUUACUUGGCUAA